GCCACUGUCAGCACAUACACUUGCAGCAUGAACCUCUCAGCUGAGCUGUCUCCUUCAGAGGAAAUGGCCCCUGAGGAGUUUGACGGCGGAACAGCAGUGGCUUGUGUGAUCCUGGGCCUGUCUUUCCUUGUAGGAGCACCAGGGAACCUGCUAGUGAUCUGGACGAUCCUGAGACACGUGAAGCAGCGUUCCCACACUGUGGUGCUCAUCUUACACUUGGCUGUCGCAGACCUUCUGGUCCUCAUCACCCUGCCUGUAUGGAUCUACUCUCUGGCCCGCCACUGGGUGUUUGGGGAAGCCUCCUGCAAAGCCAUGGUGUUCAUGAUAAACGGCUGUAUGUAUAGCAGUGUUUUCCUCAUCACCCUCAUGAGUGUGGAGCGCUUUGUGGCUGUUCGAUAUCCCUUUGCCUCAGCUGGCUGGAAGAGGAAAAAAGCUUUGAAUAAAGUUCUGCUGGCUCUGUGGACGGCAGCUUUCUUGUUCAGCAUACCCGUCAUCCCAACUCAGGUUGUAGGGAUGGAGUCUGGUGAGGAGCACUGUCGCUACCGCCUCUACACUUCUGUGAUCCAGGAGCUGGUGUGUGUGCUGCUCGAGACACUGGUGGGCUACAUAUUACCCUUCUCCAUCCUCGUGGUUUGCUAUGGCUGCCUGUGUAGCCGCAUUACUCAGAUGACCUUCAAGUCCAAGCGCAAGUCCACAGUCCUGAUUGCCAGUGUUGUGGUUGUGUUUGCCAUUUGCUGGACGCCUCAUCACAUGGGAAAUGUCCUCUCUAUCAUCAUCCUGGCCACUGAACCUGACACUGCAGAUAAUCUGGAGAGCAUCAGGAGCACCAUGACCUUCAUUGCUGGAGCCAUGGUCUUCAUCAGCAGCACUGCUAACCCCAUUCUCUACAUGUUUGCGGCUCGCUCCUUCAGGAGCUCCCUGCGUGACACGGGCAUCCAGAAGCUUUUCCGCCAUAUCUCCAGCACCUCCCCAGGUGAGGGCAAUAAAGAGUUGUCCUUUGUGUCCAAGAGACAGAGCAAUCAGACCAACAGUUCUCAGUGUCUAAAUGAGUCAAAAGACCAAAUGGACAUAUUAAUAAAAAUGUGUGAAAAUAAUUCAUCAUGAUAUAGAAAAUGCAUGGAGUGUAUAGAUUUACAUGUGCAUAUUGUAUACUAUGUUUCUUAAUGCCUGAAAUGAAGCUCAUUUUAUAUGAAAUUAGGACACAGAUAAACAGGAAGUUUCAGAGUUCAUCCGUGCAAUACUUGUGCAACUUUGUAAAUGACCUGUUUUACAUGUUUCUUUUUUAAAUAGUGAACAUAUAUUUAUAAAUGUCUUAUAUUUUAUGUAUUCCAUAUAGUAUUCAUAAAUAGUACAAUAAAUAAUUAUAUAUGCAUGAAA